AUGUAUUCCAUCGAAUGGCAGAAAAGAGGUCUACCACAUGCUCAUAUAUUAAUUUGGUUAGUUGAAAAAAUUGUUCCAACUCAAAUUGAUGAUAUCAUUACUGCUGAGCUGCCCAACGCAGAAGAAGAUCCAGAAUUAUUUGAAAUUGUGAAAAAAAAUAUGAUUCACGGACCAUGUGGGGAACACAACCCACACUCGCCAUGCAUGAAAAACGGAAAAUGCACCAAAAAGUAUCCACGCCAGCUGCUGCAAGACACACAAACUGGUGGCGACGCUUAUCCGUUGUACAGACGACGAAAACCAGAUGAUGGAGGAUACACCACAACUAUCAAAAUCAAUAACGUUGACUUCGAAGUUGAUAAUCGAUGGAUUGUGCCCUACUCUCCUAUCCUUUCGAAAUCAUUCAAUGCACAUAUCAACGUGGAGUUCUGUAAUUCAGUUAAGUCAAUAAAAUACAUAUGUAAAUACGUGAAUAAAGGCAGCGAUAUGGCAAUUUUCGGAAUUGCGAAUCCCAAUGCACCUGUCAAUGAAAUCGAGCAAUUUCAAAUGGGACGUUAUAUUAGCAGUAAUGAAGCUGUAUGGAGAAUUCUUGGUUUCGACAUUCAUGAACGCUUUCCUGCUGUCAUGCAUCUCAGUGUUCAUUUGGAAAACGGUCAACGAGUCUACUUCACGGAAGGCAACGCACCCCAACGACACGAAGUCCCUCAGUACUACACUUGGAAUCAAUCGACGAAGAAAUUUUGCAGAAGAAAACGAGGCGCCAGGCAUUCUUCUAUAGCUGGCAUAUUUUCUACUGGUGUACUGGGAAGAGUAUAUACUGUUCAUCCAAAUAAUGGUGAAUGCUACUAUUUGCGAAUGCUGCUUCACGUGGUCAAAGGACCAACAUCGUUUCAAGCAAUCAAAACAAUCGAUGGUCAAGAGUGUGAGACAUACAGAGAAGCAUGUUUUAAACUUGGUUUGCUUGAAAAUGAUCAACAUUGGGACAACACAUUAGCAGAAGCAUCUGAGACACGUCAUGCCCAUCAAAUACGAACUCUGUUUGCCAUAAUUUUGACAACCUGCGCACCUUCUGAUCCGAAAGGUUUAUGGGAAAAACACAAAGAGAGUAUGAGCGAAGACAUACUUCUCCGAGCACGCAGAAAUAAUCCCGGCUUGGAUGUACAGUAUUCGGAAGACAUUUUCAUGAAGCACUGA